GGGAGCGGCACGGCGGGGAGCGCAGCGCAGCGCAGCGGAGCGGCCGGGCCGCCCUGCCGAGGAGGGAGCAGCGGGAGCUCACCAUGGCCCUGGCAGACCCCACGAGCUGUGCCAAAGGCAGCGAGGACAGCAACCCCUUCCCUGACAUCAUCGAGCUGAAUGUGGGGGGACAGGUGUACAUCACCCGGCACCCCACGCUGGUCAGCGUGCCCGGCUCGCUGCUCUGGGAGAUGUUCACCCAGAAGAGCGCACGCUCGCUGGCCCGCGACAGCAAGGGCCGCUUCUUCGUGGACCGGGACGGGUUCCUGUUCCGCUACAUCCUGGAUUACAUGAGGGACCGGCAGCUGGUGCUGCCCGAGCACUUCCCGGAGCGCGGCCGGCUGCAGCGCGAGGCCGAGUACUUCAUGCUGCCGGAGCUGGUGAAGCUGCUGGUGCCCAAGCUCAGCGAGCAGAACUCCCUGGGGGACGAUCCCUGCCAGAGCGACCCCGAGGAGCCGUCCCCCGGCGCGGACACCGCGCGCAGCCUGAGCUCGGCCGCCACCGCGCCGCCCGGCGCCGCCGGCACCGAGGGCCGCAGGGCGGGGUUCAUCACCAUCGGCUACCGCGGCUCCUACACGCUGGGCAGGGACAGCCAGACGGACGCCAAGUUCCGCAGGGUGGCCCGGAUCAUGGUGUGCGGCAAGACUUCGCUGGCCAAGGAGGUCUUUGGGGACACCUUGAAUGAGAGCAGGGACCCGGACAGGCCCCCGGAGAGGUACACGUCCAGGUACUACCUCAAAUUCACCUUCCUGGAGCAAGCCUUUGACAAACUGGCCGAUGCCGGCUUCCACAUGGUGGCCUGCAACUCCACGGGCACCUGUGCCUUCGCCCACGAGCAGACGGACGACAGGAUCUGGACCUCUUACACCGAAUAUGUUUUCUAUCGUGAGUGACACAAAACCAACCCUCCACCAACCAACCACUGACUGUCCCUUUCCCGUCCCAUGCUGGCUGUGGCCUAGAAGGUAGAGAUCCAUCCCCGAAUCCCGGCGUCCUCCCUUUGCCUCCUUUUCAGUUGGUUCUUGGGUUUUUCCCUCCUCCUUGCUCCACGUUGAACCUGCCCAGCUCUUCCUUGUAGCAGCUGCUGACCACCAACCUUCCUCCCUCUCUGUGACUUCUGCGGUUGCUCCCAACCCUCCCUGGAUGUGUGGACUCGGACACUGCUGUGGAUGUGGGCUGGGUGGGAGGGGUGGGACACACUGGACGCUGCUCUGGGCUGGCAUUCCUGCAGCUGGAUGGGCUUGGACACUGGACUGGGCUCUCUCUCUGUCCUGUGCAGCUCCACGGGAUCCUGCUGCACACACCAGGACCUGCCAAGGGGGUUCAGAGAGAAAUCCUUGGGAUAAAGACAUGGGAAAGGUGGGAAGCAGAGCCAGGGAGGGGGUGGGGGUUGGGAAGUGGCAGCCUGGCAGCACGGCUGGAUUGGCAGGAGCCCUGUAAGCAGCUUAGCCUGAGACUGGCAGCGCUUGGGAAGGGGAAAGGCUCCCCCUGUGCUCGCAGCUCUGAGCUGAGAUAUCGUCACGGCUCCGGGAUGCCUCGGGUGGGAUUUUGGGGGGAUUUUGGGGAGGGUGGGAGGGGCAGAUAUUCUGUGAGGGAGGUGGGGGGGGAGCGGGGAAGGCUUGAUGUGCUCAGUGGUGUAAAAUACUUAUACAGCUCUCCAACUCCUUGGAGCCUUGUCAGCCAAAAAGUCCCUUCAUUUUUUCUUGAGAGCACAAUGGGAAUCACGGAGAUGAGGUUGGAAUGCUCCUGUGGUGGUCAGGCCACAGCUUCACCCAGCAAAGGGAAUUGUGGCCAUUUUGGUGAUCUCCCAUGAGGUGUCUCCAAUCCCAGCUGUCCAGGCCCUCCUGGGGCUGGAGCUGCUGCUGCUCUCCCCCACUGGGCAAUACAGAAUAAAGGGACAGCCCGGAGUGGCCGUGUGCCCACGUGCCCAGCUGGCACAGGACAGGGGAGGUUUGGUGGGGGGGCUCCAAGAGGAGAAGGAAAGAAGGAACACAGAGUUAUCGGAGCCUCUGUGCCCUGCUUUGCCCCUCCUGUGCCUGCUGGGCAGGAUCCCAGGGCAGCAAAUCCCCAAGCCCAGCCCUGGGUGAUGCCCAGCCCCAGCUCUGGCACAUGGCCUCAGCCUGCAGGGGAGAUGAACCUGAUGUCCCUGAUGUCCCUGUCUGCUGCCUGUGCCUGUCCCCUGGUUCUCUGCCACCCGUUCCUGGCACCCACCACCCAUUCCUGACAUCCACCAUCCACCCAAGGCACCCAUCAUCCAUCCCUGGCACCCACCCUCCAUCCCUGCUCCUGCACUCUCCAUCCCUGCUCCUCCACCCUCCAUCCCUGCUCCCACCACCCA